GCGAUAACAGGUCCGGUCAGCUGCAGACAGCUAGCUUAGCAUCGGGCUCUGUGGUCAGUCAGAUCCUGGAUCCAGGACUUUUCACAGCGACAAUGAAGUUCGUCAGGUUUAUCAUGAAAAACGCCGCGUUGGCGAGCGUGCCCAAACACAUCGAGCAUUUCUCCAAAUUUUCUCCCUCGCCGCUCUCCAUGAAGCAGUUUCUCGAUUUCGGUUCCAUAAACGCCUGUGAGAAGACGUCCUUUGUCUUUCUGAGACAGGAGCUCCCUGUAAGACUCUCAAACAUCAUGAAAGAAAUUAACCUGUUGCCCGACAAACUGCUCACAACCCCGUCUGUGAAAAUAGUGCAGAGCUGGUACAUCCAGAGUUUAAUGGAGAUCCUUGAAUUCCUCGACAAGAAUCCUGACGACCACAAAGUCCUUGGAGAGUGA